UCAUAUAAGCCCUUAGCUUGUCUCUUCCAAGACAAAAACAUGCCAAAAAACCACAACUUUUCUAACCACCACCACCAUCUCUACUAAGUAAGAAGCAAAAGAAGAAAAAAAAAGCAAAAGAAAAAACAGACAUGUCAAAGCAAUCAUACAGAGUAUGUUGUUGUUUCUCAAGGAAAUUCAAUCUGAAAGAGGCUGAAGUUCCAGCUGAUAUCAAAGCUUUAUUCGAAAAUUACUCGGAAAAUGGACUAAUGAAUAUCGAGCAUUUUCACAAGUUCUUGAUCGAGGUGCAGGGAGAUGAUAAACUCACCAGGGAGGAAGCUGAGACCGUGAUGAAGUCUUUCAAAAACCUCAACAUCUUGCAGCCUAAAAGCCUCUCCAUUAAAGAGUUUUUUCGGUACCUUCUGAGUGAGAUUAACGCUCCUCUCUCUCAUCCUCCUAAGGUGCACCAUGAUAUGGCAGCUCCUUUAUCCCAUUACUUCAUAUACACCGGUCAUAAUUCUUAUCUAACGGGGAAUCAGAUCAGUAGCGACUCAAGUGUGGUUCCCAUUAUCGAAGCUCUGAAAAGAGGUGUUCGAGUUAUUGAAUUAGAUAUGUGGCCCAAUUCCGAUAAAGACGAUAUCCAUAUAAUGCAUGGAGGAACUUUAACAAGUCCGGUGAAACUCAUCGAUUGUUUGAAAGCAAUAAGAGAGAACGCGUUUGUUGCAUCGGAAUAUCCGGUGAUUAUUACACUGGAAGACCACCUCACACCGGCACUUCAGGCAAAAGUAGCAGAGAUGGUGUCCGAAACAUUUGGAGAGACACUGAUUUGCUCCACAUCAGAAUCAUCACUGCAAGAAUUUCAAUGUCCAGAUUCACUGAAAAGACGAGUUAUUAUCUCGACAAAGGCUCCAAAAGAAUAUCUUGAUCAAACAAAGAGCUUGAACGAACAAGUAGAUGAUGGCGGCGUAAAAGUAGUGAAGAAAUCAUCUGAAGAACCUGUUUGGGGGAAAGAAAUCGCAGAUUUAGCUGUAAAGUUCGUUCACGAAGAUGAAGGAGAGUAUAAAGACGAUGAUGACGACUUAGAGCAAGAUGCAGCGCUUAAAUACAAGCAAUUGAUUGCAAUCCGUGCGGAGAAAAUGAAAGGAGGAAUUAAAGCAUGGCUUGGAGUUGAUCUGAAAAAGGCUCAUAGGGUUAGCUUGAACGAAGAAAAUCUCGAAAAAGCUGCUCCAACUCACGGAACUGAAAUCGUCAGAUUCAAUCAGAGGAACUUGAUGAGAGUGUAUCCGAAAGCUAUGAGGAUUGACUCGUCAAACUACAAUCCAUUUAAAGGGUGGAUACAUGGAGCUCAGAUGGUUGCAUUUAACAUGCAGAGCCAUGGAAGGUCUCUUUGGUUGAUGCAAGGGAUGUUUAGAGCAAAUGGUGGCUGCGGUUAUGUUAAAAAACCGGAUUUUCUAUUGAAGAAGGGCCCGAAUAAUGAAGUCUUUGAUCCUAAAGGGAGCUUACCCGUAAAAACGACCCUCAAGAUCAAGAUAUACAUGGGAGUAGGUUGGAAUCUGGAUUUUAAAAGUACUCAUUUCGAUGCGUAUUCCCCACCGGACUUCUAUGUCAAGAUAGGAAUUGCUGGAAUUCCGUCUGAUUCAGCUAUGAAAAAGACUGAGAUAAUAGCAGACAAUUGGAUGCCUGUUUGGAACGAAGAGUUUGAGUUCCCAAUGUCGGUUCCGGAGUUGGCAUUGCUUAGAGUAGAAGUGCAUGAAUUCGACGUUUCAGAAAAGGAUGAUUUUGGUGGCCAAACAUGCCUUCCUAUUUCUGAGUUGAAAUCCGGUAUUCGAGCUGUGCCACUCCACGAUUAUAAGGGAAACAAGUACAAAUCCGUCAAGUUACUUCUCCGAUUCUGCUUCACUUGAAUCCUAUGUUUCCUUUUGUCUUUUUUUCUUUUCUUCAUCAUGUGUGUGUGUGUGUGUUCUUGCAUACUUUUUUUGCAGGAAGUGAGCAAAGAUUAAUAAUAUGAUUCACCAUUUGAUUCAGAUUUCGGACAUUGUGUAUGUUUUGUAAUUAAAGCAUGAGGUCAAGAAUAUUGCAGUUGUGCGUAUUAAAUUCCUUCCACUUGAAUAU